GCUACUUACAAAGCAAGCAGUACAGUUAAGUAAGGGGACCUUAAAGUGUUUAUUCGUUUGAUUAAGCAAAGCAUGGCGCUGGAAACAGUUCCUAAGGAUCUCCGUCACUUGCGGGCUUGUCUUCUGUGCUCCCUUGUAAAGACUAUUGACCAGUUUGAGUAUGAUGGUUGUGAUAACUGUGAAGCUUAUCUGCAGAUGAAAGGCAAUCGGGAGAUGGUGUAUGAGUGCACGAGUUCUUCCUUUGACGGCGUCAUUGCAAUGAUGAGUCCAGAAGAUAGCUGGGUUGCCAAAUGGCAAAGAAUCAGUAACUUCAAACCAGGUGUCUAUGCAGUGACGGUAACGGGUCGAUUGCCUCCAGGUGUUGUCAGAGAACUCAAAAGCAGAGGAGUGAUAUACAAGUCCAGAGACACUGCGGUCAAAACGUAAAGUUGUGGUUGCUGUUUUAUCAACUGUUUGUCACAUGUCAGUCACAGCCUGUACCCAGGGUCAGUUGUCUUUCGCAGAGAACACUUGAGAAGGUGACUAUCACUGAGAAUGUGUUACUCUGUUUUUUUGUUUUUGUUUUUGUUUUUUUUCCUUUUUUUUUUUUUUUUUUUUUUUUAC